AUGUCCAGGAUGACCUUCAUUGCACGCCUUACGCUUUUUAUUCUCAACUACUUUGCCCACACAGCUCUUUCCGCUUUCACCAAAGCCAUUAAGUCAGGAAAAGACUACGUGGAACCAAACUCUGCGGGAACAUGGUGCUAUUACCCAGCAGCUAAAUCCAACCUUGACGUCGCAUGUGUCGGAAAACAGGCAGAAUUUGUUUCCGUCAUGGGCGCGCACCUCGCACAGGGUGUCUCGAUCAGCUACUACGGCGCAAACAAUCAACGUCUGGGAGGCGCCGAGUAUCCUGUUAAAACCACUUCUGGGAAGGUGUAUCUUUGCCUCAGUGGACGGGCGGGGGAUGGGACGUACAAGACGGAGUGCGAACUUUCCACCCUUGAUAAUCGAUUUGGGGGGUCAUCGCGUUGCGCAUUGGCAGUGUCGCAGACAACAGUGACGGAUGGAUGUUACGUUCCUGGAUCUUCGGGGGGUUCAACGAGUUCCUCGCUUACUUCUGGAACUGCCUCAACGCUCCGGUCCACGCUAGUCCACAAAAGUAUGGUUUUUGGGCUUGGGCUGAUGAGCUUCGUCUUCCUUCUGGUGGUGAAUUAG